CUGCUGUUGUCUGUCCUUCUCUACAUUAACUACCAGGAUUAAUUGUUUUCAUCGGUUGUGGAUGGCAAUUGCUCGGGUGGUUUCUUUGUUGCUCGUAAUUGAGACUGAAGGUCGACAUUCACGUCACGGAGCCGGGGACUCUCUUUAGAUCUACUCUUCAAUCUCCACCUUGUAGCCGCGGUUUACUUGGAUUGGAUUGUUCCAGUGCAAGAGGAAGAGAGGCUUUGUCUUGCAUCACAUGAUUGCUUGACUUGACCAACCAUUCAUUUUUGUUAUACCCAUCUGAUAGCGCCUUGUUUUGCACCGUUCAUCUCCACCAUGUCCUCCAUCAUGGCCUCCAGGCUGUCGACAGUGUCACUGCGCACAUCCGGACAUCGCGUUCCUUUACUGUCAGGAGUUCCAUCUCUAGGGUAUAAUGCCGUGUCGUGGAAUCUUCGACGCGGUCUCCAGGCGCAAGCAUUCCGUGGCGCUACCAUCACGACCUCGGCCAUUGGUCUCUCACAGAACAGCUUACGGAGUCGAGGGUCCUUCGUUGGUGCCAACCAUCCUCGCUACGCAGGAUACGCCAGCCAGCAGAAAAGAUGGACUGCCUCGGGAAAACCUGACAAGCACGACACUCAAUCGGAUUCGAAAAAACCGUCCAUUCUUUCUAAAAUCCCCCUUCCUACUACCCGUGAGAAUAUCUACACCGUCCCUAACAUCCUCACCUUCUCUCGCCUGGUCGCUGCCCCCCUAGUGGGCUACUUCCUUGUCUAUGGCCAUCACACAGCCGCGUUGGCGCUCUUCGCCUAUGCCGGCAUCACGGAUCUCGUGGACGGGUAUAUCGCACGACGAUAUAAUCUCCAGACGGUGGUUGGCACGAUCAUCGAUCCGAUGGCCGACAAGUUGCUGAUGACCAUCGGUGUUGCCUGUCUGGCUGUCAACGGCUCCAUCCCAGUCUGGCUUGCCGUGAUCAUCCUCGGACGGGAUACCAUGGCCCGAUACUGGGAUUUUUCUCUCCCGUCCGCGGAGGUGAAGCCCACUGCAGUAUCCAAAGCCAACACAGCUCUCCAGCUGCUGCUCGUGGGAAGUGCGAUCGCAAUGCCGGUCGUCCCUGAGCCGUUCUUGGAUGCGUGGAAUCUGAAGGAAGCAAUGAGCAUGUUUCAAUACCUCGUUGCAGGAACAACCAUCUGGUCCGGCCUGAGCUACGUCUUCUCCAACAACGCCGUCAAAAUCCUGUCCAAGGAAGAGAUACAACGACGCAUCGCCAAGGCCGCCGCGAAGAAGUAGUCGUUCUAACUGUAUAGUAGGUAAUUGCAUUGUAUAGACUCACCGUAGGUGAUUGAAUUGAAC